AUGCCCGCGCGCGCGCGCGCGCGCGCGGAACCGACCGAACCGACGAAGCGCACGGUGGGGGCGGUGAUUCGAGCCCUCGAACGUCGCGUGGUCGAGCUCGAGAAUGAGCGUUCGAGGGACGUGAAGAGAGACGCGGCGAUGGAGACGCUGGCGCGGGCGACGGAUGGGCUCUCGAUCGCGUUGAGAGAGGCGCUGGAGACGAUGAAAGACGAUCGCGCCACGGCGCUGCGGGAGCGGGAGGACCUGCGAGAGGUGGUGCGGGCGGCGUCGAGAGCGGCGAGCGACGCGGCGCGCGGCGCGGCGGAGCGAGAAAGAGAAGCCGCGCGGGCUCGAGAGGUCGCGCUCGCGGUAGAUCGGCGCGUGAGCGAGUGCGUGGCGUACGUACGUGAUGUAAGGGAUGAGGUCGUGGGAUUGGAGCGCGCGGCGAGGGAGGCCAAGGCGGCGCAGGGGGAGUUGUGGGAACGGGACGAGAGACGUGAGCGUGCGCUUGACGCGUUAGAAUCGAGGGCGAGAGCGGCGGACGCUACGCUUCGGGACGAGUUAGAGAGCGUGAGGAGAGAAACGUCACGAGUAGAGGCUGCGGUGAACCGUCUGCACGAGAUUGAAAACGUGGCGAAGGAUUUGAGGGAGCUCGCACAGUGGUCGAAGAAGACGGCUACGUAUCAAAAUGGACGACUUGCCGCGCUCGAGCGCGUGAACGAGCGAGAAGAUAAGGGCGCGAGCGCGAUGAGCAAUCAGAGCCACCGAUUGAAAGAGUUGGUGACCAUGGUACAGAAUACGGCGGAGACACUCAAGGCGCACCAAGCGCGCUUGAACGCCAUGGAUGAGCGCGGACACUUGGUCUCGCGAAGAGACGCCGCGACACGCGCCGACGUGGACGUCGUCAAACGCGCCUUAGGGGAGCAUCACGACAUAUUAGUCAAGGUGUGCGAGACGUUCGAUGCCGAGCUCAACGUGCGAGCCGAAGCCGUGGCUCCCGCGUCAGCGGCGUUUGCGCGCCUGCAUCGACGCUCGUAG